AUGUCCAUUGCGUUUCCCAAUGCGUCCCCUGGUCAUCUGGAGACCUUCAUCCUGGCUACUCGUUCGUCAGUGGACAGUGACCUUACCGCUUGCCUGUGGACUGAAGAGGACAGGCUGCACGACACCAUUAGCCAACUCACGGCCUGGUCGGGUCCUAUGUCUCUGGUCGUCGUGACGUCGGCUCCAACGGACCAUCUAACCAUGCUGAAAAGGUUUCCAGAGCUUAUGAGCCUCUCUGAUACGCACGCCUCAUUCGGUCUGUCGUUGCACGUACUCCAAGUUACAUCUUCUUUUGGAGGAUCUGCCAAUGCCUAUUUAAACGUUGCUCGUCUCUUGGCGCCUACUGAUCGAGUUGUCCUGUUCCCGGAUGGUUUGCCUUUGCACCUCUCGAGUAAUUUGUAUAGCUCCAUCAUUCGGUCGACGUCUCCGCAGCCUCUUGUACUAGGCAACAAUAGCCGUAGGACAUAUCCAUUCGCCCCAAUGUCCCCUGUUGUUCUUCCUAAGGACUACCCUACAUGGUGUACCGAGCGUUUCUCUCUUUUCCAAUCUCGAUCACUCGACUGGGAAGACUGUCUCUGGCAACUGUGGCUUGAAAGUGCUGGUGAGGUCAAGUCUACGGCGGUGGAUAGCUGGCCAGUGGUGGAAACCGGCAAAUCCAACAACUCCGCCUUAUCCGUACGUUGCACGACUUAG